UCAAUGAGAGACUGUAAUGUAAUUAUAAAAUAAAACAGAAGAUGGCGGUAAUGCAACACAUAUGGAUGCCAGCUGCCUUAAAACUUUAAAGAAGAAGAAGAAGAAGACUGCGUGUGAACAAAACAAGUCGGGAAAAAGCGAAAUGGCGUUUGAUAGAGAAUACGUUAUAGUGGUUAAUAUAGCGCUGUUUUCUUAAUCAGUGCGUACAUGUACACAUGCAUGCUGUUUAAUACAGUAGACAUCGUUUAUAACUCUGUGCAUCCAGAUACAUUUGUCUGAACGCACGUUGCUGCUUACUGUGCUAACUUAGCUUGCUAGUUAGCUUAGCUUGUUAGCUGCUAACAAAAAGACCAACAAGUGAUCAACACAUCGCUAAGCAGAGAUCAAGUGUGGGUGUAAAGUGUUGUGAUUGUGUGAAAAUGGGCGAAAGAACGAUAGCAGAGUACACAAAGGAACUUUCUCGAACAAAAGAGGAGAAGGAGCCACAACAUCAACUACUGGACGCUGUUUUCAAGAAACAUCAAGUUGUGUUACACAGAACAGCGUGUCGUAGAUGGUCUCCAAGUGAAUGUGGGAGCUGUGCUCUAAAGAGGAAAUAUGGAUGGACACACUCCAUAAAAACACCGCAUAGUACAACAUGUUUUGACGUCCAGCAGCCCCCCCACAUUAAAGAGGAAGAGGAGGAGCCACAGCCCCCCCACAUUAAAGAGGAAGAUGAGGAAGUGUGGAUCACUCAGAAGGGAGAGUGUCUUCCAGGGCAGGAGGAGGCUGAUCUCACCAAGUUUCCCCUGACUGUUGUCUCUGUGAAGACUGAAGACCAUGAAGACAAACCACCUGAGUUCUCACACCUUCAUCACAGUCCAAAGCGACUCCAGGCCUAUACAUUUAACACACACCAUGGUCCAUGGCUACAUAUGCACAGUACCCCCACCCCACGCCUUUGCCACCGCUUCACUCCACGUGGUAUGACGGACAACGGAGCAGCCCCCCUGUGGCUGGCAGCUAAGUGUUCCCUAUUUACUUUUACCCUACGAACCCUGGUGGACCCUGGGAUCCUGUGCGUGUGUACAUGUGUGAAGAACAUCUCCCUGAACAACAGGAGUCGAGCAUAAGAAUGGUAAAGGAGGAGCCACAGCCCUCCCAAAUUAAAAAGGAAGACAAAGCGUCACAGAUCUUUCACUUCAAUAAGGAAGAGGAGGAACACAGCAUCCGUCAGGAGGGACAGCAGCUUGAAUGUUUGGAGGAAUCCCCAGUGAUUGGUGUGAUUGUGAAGAGUGAAGAUGAUGAGGUCAAAAGUGAAAGUGAGGAGAAGAGAGAGGCGGAGCCUCCAGGCAGCAGCUCAACUCAACACAUGACAACAGAAGCUGAUGGAGACCACUGUGGAGGAUCACAAGCAGACAAGAUCUUAGCUCCACUAUCAGAUAGUGACGACACAACGUCUCACUCUCCUGACACUGAUGAUGAAGACUCUGAAGAUGAUAAGACAUGUCACACUGACAACACACACUUUACAUGUUCUCACCGUGACAAAACUUUUAAAUAUCGUGAUCUGAAAAAACACAUGAAAACACACACUGGAGAAAACCCCUUUUCCUGCUCAGUCUGUGAUAAUGGAUUUGUACAACAAAAUGUGUUGAAAGACCCUUGUUCCUGUUCAAUCUGUGGUAAAGGUUUUGUAACAAGUCAAAAUUUAAAAGUACACAUGAGAACACACACCGGAGAAAAACCUUUUACAUGUUCAAUCUGUAGUAAAGGUUUUGUACAAAGUCAAUAUUUGAAAGUACACAUGAGAAUACAUACUGGAGAAAAACCUUUUACAUGCUCAAUCUGUAGUAAAGGUUUUGGAGGAAGCCAUUAUUUGAAAGCACACAUGAGAAUACACACUGGCGAAAAACCUUUUUCUUGUUCAGUCUGUGGUAAAGGUUUUGCAAUAAGUCAAAAUUUGAAAGUACACGUGAGAACACACACUGGUGAAAAACCAUAUUUAUGUUCAAGCUGCAACAAAAGCUUUUGUCACCAAACAGCACUUGUAAGACACAUGAGAAUACACACAGGUGAGAAAGUGUUGAGUUGCAGUGUGUGUGGUGAAAGAUUUUCGUAUAAGUACCAGUGUAAGAAACACAAGUGUGCUGGUGAGAACAGCAGCAGCAAAUGAAGAUGCAGGAUUUGAAAUAAACUGUCAACACUUUUGACUUUCUAACAACAUCAGCACAUAUAACAUGUGUGACAUCAUUGUUGUGUGUAUAACACAAUCUUGUUAGUAUGCUUCUAACAUUUAUAGAUUAGAUAUUUUAGAUAUAUGCUUUUUCAGUCAAUUACAUGUAUUAAUAUACAACAUUGUGUACUUUUAUUUAAAAAUGAACAGAACAAUUUGACUCAAAAGGUGAGAGUAAACAGUACAAAACAUGUUACAUACAA